AUGUGGUGUAUAAGUGCGGUCACCGAUACCGAAUCGCUGAGGUCUUCUAUUCUCGAUUAUAAAUGGGAGAAUGGCAGAAGAUACCAUUCGUACGGCGACGGCACCUACUGGGGACCCAAUGACGACCGUCAACAAGAGGCUGAAGACUUGAUUCACGAGCUAUUCCGGAUCGUGCUGGACGGUAAACUUUAUAAGGCUCCUAUCGGCGACCACCCACAGGACGUUCUAGAUAUCGGCUGCGGUACUGGUAUCUGGGCCAUCGAAAUGGCAGACCUGCACCCAGGCGCUGAGGUUGUCGGGGUUGAUCUAUCGCCUAUCCAGCCUAACUUUGUCCCGCCCAACUGCAAAUUCGAGGUGGAUGAUAUCAACAAGGACUGGACCUUUCCGGAGAACAAGUUUGACUUGAUCCAUAUUCGCUACAUGACAGGCACUGUGCCUGACUGGACUGAGCUCCUGAAGAAAGUCCACAAGCAUCUUAAGCCCGGCGGUUGGGUAGAGCAUGUCGAGCUAUGGGGCGACGCCAGAUCCGAUGACGAGACCCUUACUCCCGAAUCCCCUCUCAAGACUUGGGUCAAGAUCUUUAACGAAGUCGGCGAAAAGAUCAACAGGCCAUUUUUCUGGAAUCCAGUCGACCCCGUCAAGGAAGCCGGCUUCACCAACAUCACCGAAGACAAGGUCAAGGUUCCAAUCGGUACCUGGCCAAAGGACAAGCAUCUCAAGCAGUGGGGUGCUUGGAACCGACAGUUUCUGCUGCAGGGUCUUGAGGGGUUCUCCAUUCGCAGCUUGACUGAGCUUUUGGGUUGGGAGUAUGAGAAGGCGCAGAUGUUUUUGGUGGAUAUGCGCAAAGAGAUUCUGAGCCGAGAUGUUCAUUCCUACGUGCUAGUAACUACCGUCUAUGGCCAAAAGCCCGAGGCCUGA